GCAUCUCAUUAGUCCACACUUCGCUUUUCCCCAAUAUAGUCUCCACAUUUUAGAACCCCUGCCGAUUCCCGCAAGCCUAUCGGCUUCGACCUUUUCUUGCCUGUCUUUUUUUUUAUUCUUCCAGAUUUUCAACUCGUCCUAUUUUUGCUUCACAAUGAGAAUACCGGCGCUUAGCGAGAGUCUCCUUUAUGCGCCACUCUCCCUCUUGGACCGGGCAUAACCACAUAAAUCCCUUGCAGCCGGACGCGCUUUGGUUUUCUGUUGAAACCGACGAUGGCAACGUCCGUGGACGGGAACGUGGAAGUGGCAGACGUAGCCGCUGAAUUCGGGUCUGGGUCGGACGACGAGCUGUUGAACUCGUCGCCGUCGCGACGAUCUAAGACCGAUGGGCACGAGUCAGGCUCUGGGUCAGACUCCGACUCGCUCGAUAGCGUAGCUUCUCGGAAGAAACGUAAGCUAUCUACGUCUGUAGAUCCGAACCCUAGUGCUGCUGCUGUUCUCGGCGCCUCGUCCUCCCUCAAUGUACCCUCUAGGAUCAAGCGCAAGACUGCCGGCGCGGUGAAACCCGCUGCCAAGCCGGGUUCAUCAUCUACUGCGGUCCCUGUAAACGCUCCCGUUGCUGCCCCGGUGGACCACCAUACUUCCUUCGAAUCCUUGAAGUUGAAGCCGUGGCUCGUCCAGUCGCUCUCCAACAUGGCGAUCAAGCGCCCAACUGGCAUCCAGAAAGCCUGUAUCCCGGAGAUCCUCAAGGGCCGAGACUGCAUCGGAACCAGCAAGACAGGCUCGGGAAAGACGGUUGCUUUUGCUGCUCCCAUACUUCAGAGAUGGGCCGAAGACCCGAGUUCUAUCUACGCCGUCGUUUUGACGGCGACUCGCGAGCUAGCCCUGCAGAUAUACGAGCAGCUCAAAGCAAUAUCUUCACCCCAGUCUCUCAAGAUAGUCUUGGUCACUGGCGGGUCCGACAUGCGCCCGCAGGCUAUCGCGCUCGCCCAGAGGCCGCACGUGGUGAUCGCUACCCCGGGCCGGUUGGCAGAUCACAUUCGCUCUUCCGGCGAGGAUACCAUUUGCGGUCUACGACGGGUCAAAUUCGUCGUCCUAGAUGAAGCGGACCGAUUGCUGGCUGCAGGUGGCCCUGGUAGCAUGCUGCCGGACAUUGAAGAAUGCUUGGCUGUUCUCCCGCCCUCAAAUCAGAGACAGACGCUCCUAUUUACUGCCACCAUUACCCCCGAGGUGCGUGCUCUCAAAGACAUGCCGCCAAAGCCCGGAAAGGAUGCGGCCUUCGUCUGCGAGGUCGACACGCAGACAUUUGCUAUCCCAACAACCCUGCGCCAGACGUACAUCCAAGUCAACGUGACGCACAAGGAAUACUACCUCCAUGCUUUCCUCCUAACGGAGGCCAACGUGGAGAAAUCGCUCAUCAUAUUCUGCAACAGGACCUCGACCGCCGAGUUCCUCCACCACCUGCUGCGGCUCCUCGAGCACCGCGUCACAUCUCUGCACUCCCGACUACCGCAGCGGCAGCGCGUAGACAACCUGGGACGCUUCCGGGCCUCAGCGGCUAGGAUCCUCGUUGCGACAGAUGUCGCAUCACGAGGUCUCGACAUCCCCGAGGUCAGUCUCGUGGUGAACUACGACGUGCCGCAGGAUCCGGACGACUACAUCCACCGGGUGGGACGUACUGCUCGUGCGGGUCGGAAGGGUGACGCCGUCACGUUCGUCGGGCAACGGGACGUUGAACGCAUCCACGCGAUCGAGUCCCGCGUGGGCCGGGAGCUAGAGAAAUGGGAGGAGGAAGGCGUCAACCUGGAGAGUCGAUUCAUCCGUGAUCAUAUGAAGACGAUCGGGGAGAAGAAGAGGGAGGCUUUGCUGAACAUUGAGGAGCAUCGGGAGGUAGGUGGGAAGAAGAAGCGGAAAAAGCUCCGACUCGAGUAGGGUCCGGGGCAAUCGUCUUUGGUGUGACCAGCAGUAACUCUCUACACAUACGUACACGUACAAAUACAGUAUAACCGGGUCAGGAGGGAAAAGAUGUGCGAACUAUAACAACAUAAUAAAAUCCCGUUAUUACACGAUAGUAUGCGCUUAAGUCACCCGAUUUAUCAAGCUUUAUUCGAACAGCGAUGUGGCUAUCCUCAGCGCCUAA